GGGCUACUAAUUGGCUCUUACCGACUGGCUUGGAUACCCAGUGAAGUAUCUGGAGAAGGAUUCUUAUGUGAGCCUGAACUUGUAGCCAUCUGGUGGAGGAGCCCUGCAUAUGUGAUCCUGAACGAGCAGGGUCUGAGACUGAGGGAGGCCUACUCCCCCUGGAGAGACUGGAGAAGGGAUCAGGACCUGUGCCAUCAGCACGAGGAUUCCCACUGCUUUCAGAAAGAUGUAACAGUUUGGCGGAAACCAUCGGAGGAAUUCAAUGGCUAUCUGUACAAAGCUCAGGGAAUUGUGAAGGAUGUUGCCAACAGGGUAAUUGAUCACAUUCGCCCAGGGCCCUGUCGUCUAGAUUGGGACAGUCUAAUGACCACCAUGGAUAUCGUUGAGCAGUUUGAAGAGAAUUGCUGUGUGAUGUGUUACACUACUGCUGGCCAGCUGUGGAAUAUUAUUGCACCAAGAGAGUUUGUUGAUUUCUCCUACACCACCCAAUAUCAAGAGGGGCUCUUAUCCUGCGGUGUGAGUCUUAACUACGGCGAGACGAGGCCCAACUUCGUCCGUGGCCACAAUCAUCCCUGCGGCUGGUUCUGUGUGCCCCUUCCAGACAAUCUGGAUCACAGUCUCUUGACGGGCUACAUCCAGACUGAUCUGCGAGGAAGGCUUCCUCAGUCUGCAGUCGAUACUGCCAUGGCUAGUACGCUGGCCAAUUUUUAUAGCGACCUCAGGAAAGCACUGAAGGUUUGACUGGAACUGGCCUAGCCAUGCUGUCCCGCAUCUCCCCCUGCUCCACCCUCUCCCAUACAUGCACGCACCUGUAGGCUUCACAUAUUCCCUUCCCCUUCCCUGUAUUGCAUUCUACAGCUCAGAGAAGGGCAGACGGUUUGGUUCAUAGUCUGCUUGUCUCCUUGAUGCCCAGUGCUCACAGUUGGCCAUGGUCAGGGUCUGGAGAGAGACGUGUAGAGAGAGUAGAGAGCUUUUAAACCUGUACUUAAGUAGUACCAACCUACGAAUGCACUGACACACCACCAACCUGAGGUAUUUACUCUCCUGCAAGGACUAAUAGGCCAUGGUCUCCAAGUAACUCUCAUCUGCUGCUUGGGUGAUGUUGAAAGCAUAAAUUUUGUUUGACCUCCAAAGAACACUUUUAUUCACUAGAAAUAUUUAUUUUACCCAAAAC